CGCCUAGGUCCGGUCGCCGCCCAGCAGGGAGGCUGGAGGAAAUGGGUAGCCGCAUCCCGCCCGCCCCCAGUGCCGAUGUGAAUUAUUGAAAAGAAAAUGGCACAACGAAGCACUGUACUUCCUUCUCUUGUCACCGAGGAAAGGCGAGUUAGAACCAUGCCACGACAUAGCCAGUCUUUGAGUGUGGCUCCAUAUUCAUCUGCAAGCCUAGUGGACCAGUUGGAAGAUAGAAUUCUGUGCCAUGAGAAAACAACUGCAGCACUUGUGGAACAUGCUUUUCGUAUAAAAGAUGACAUUGUUAACAGUUUGCAGAAAAUGCAAAAUAAAGGUGGAGGAGAUCGAUUGGCUAGACUGUUCUUAGAAGAGCACAUCAGAAAUAUCACGGCAAUAGUGAAACAACUUAAUCGGGAUAUUGAGGUCCUACAAGAACAGAUACGUGCCAGGGAUAACAUUAGCUAUGGAACAAAUUCUGCCUUAAAGAGUCUGGAGAUGCGACAACUCUCUGGUUUGGGAGAUCUUCGGGGAAGAGUAGCAAGAUGUGAUGCUAGCAUAGCUAGAUUGUCUGCAGAGCAUAAAACAACAUAUGAAGGUCUUCAACACUUGAACAAAGAACAGCAGGCUGCCAAACUUAUUUUGGAAACUAAAAUCAAAGAUGCAGAAGGACAGAUUUCUCAGCUUUUAAGCAGAGUUGACCUGUCAAUAUCAGAGCAAAGCACAAAGCUGAAAAUGACCCACAGAGAUAGCAACCAUCAGCUUCACCUUUUGGACAUUAAAUUUAAAGGUACAGUGGAAGAACUUAGUAGCCAGAUUUUGUCUGCACGGAAUUGGUUGCAGCAGGAACAAGAACGGAUAGAAAAAGAACUUUUACAGAAGAUUGAUCAGCUUGCAUUGGUUGUUAAGGAAAAUAGUGAAAUUAGUGAAAGGACCAUGGAGAAGAAGUUCAGUCAAAUGUCAGCAAAGCUUGAUAAAAUAGAAGAGAUACAAAAGAAAAAUAUGGAUGCACAGAGGCUAAAAUCUGAUGAUGAAAAGAUGAAUGUCCGAAUCAGCAAAAUUGAAUUGCAGAUGAAUGAAGAGAUGAAAGAAAUGAAAGCAGAAGUCAAUGCUGGGUUUGCAGCCAUCUAUGAAAGCAUAGGAUCACUCAGACAAGUUCUUGAAGCCAAAAUGAAAAUUGAUAAAGACCAGCUACUGAAACAAAUUCAUCAGCUAAAGAAACAAGAGCCUCCCAUGUAAAGAGAUUUGGAACAGUAACAGUGUAAAGAAAGAGUUAUCAGCGGGGCUAGGAGCCUGAAUGCUUAUACAGUACGGUUUGCUCUCUGCACGAUGUGCAUGUAUCAAAC